AUGGCGGGUAAUGGUUUUCAGGCAUCGUCGUAUGCCAACGACAGGCCACCGAGUUCAACGGGCAGUGGCGAAGCUGAUGUGAACACCGACCCUGCUAGCAGCGGAUUUUUCACUACAGACUUCAAGAAACAUGAAGAUCUAAAAUCCAUGCUUGAUAGCAACAAGGAUAGCUUGAAACUGGAGGCUAUGAAAAGGAUUAUUGGGAUGGUGGCAAAAGGGAAAGAUGCAUCUGAUUUGUUUCCACCUGUUGUAAAGAAUGUGGUUUCCAAGAAUCUUGAGGUGAAGAAACUUGUCUAUGUCUAUUUAACCAGAUAUGCAGAAGAGCAACAAGACCUUGCUCUUCUAUCAAUCAGCACAUUCCAGCGGGCCUUAAAGGAUCCUAACCAGUUAAUCAGAGCCAGUGCACUAAGGGUCCUCUCAAGUAUUCGAGUGUCUGUCAUUGCUCCAAUCAUGAUGCUUGCUAUCAAGGAAGCUGUGAUGGACAUGUCACCUUAUGUCAGAAAAACUGCUGCCCAUGCCAUUCCAAAGCUGUACAGCCUGGAUCCAGAGACAAAGGAUCAGCUGAUUGAAGUACUCGAUCGACUUUUAGGAGAUAAGACUACACUGGUGGCAGGCAGUGCUAUCCAAGCCUAUGUUGAAAUCUGCCCAGAACGUAUGGACCUGAUACACAAGAAUUACAGAAAACUCUGCAACUUGCUGGUGGAUGUGGAGGAGUGGGGUCAAGUGGUCAUUCUCAACAUGUUGACUCAUUACUGCAGGACACAGUUUGUCUCUCCCAACCAGGAUGACAAGCAGGAUGAAAGUGAGCGCCCUUUCUAUGAGAGCUCAGAGAAAGAUUCAGAUGAUGAUGAGGAUGAUGAUGAUGAGCAUGAAGAUGGGGAUAAGAAAAAGAAGAAUGAAAAGCAGUCUGCAUACAUAAUGGAUCCUGACCAUAGACUACUUCUAAGGCAGUCAAAGCCAUUGCUGAACAGCCGUAAUGCUGCAGUUGUUAUGGCGGUUGCUCAGUUAUACCAUCACUGCGCUCCAAAGUCUGAAGUUGGCACUGUGGCCAGAAGUCUCAUCCGUCUUUUGAGAUGUCACAGGGAGAUUCAGUAUGUGGUGCUCAGCAACAUAGCUUCAAUGACCAGCAAAAGAAGAGGAAUCUUUGAGCCAUAUUUGAAAUCAUUCUAUGUUAGAUCUAGUGACCCUCUGCAUGUGAAGCUCUUGAAACUGGAAAUCCUGACAAGUCUGGCUACUGAGACAAACAUUUCAACAAUUCUCAGAGAGUUCCAGACCUAUGUAACCAGUUCUGAUAAGGAGUUUGCAGCUGCUACAAUUCAAGCAAUUGGUCGCUGUGCCAGCAGCAUUGCAGAGGUUACUGAUGCCUGCCUUAAUGGUCUUGUCAGGCUGAUGUCAAACAGAGAUGAGGCUGUUGUGGCUGAGAGUGUUGUGGUGAUAAAGAAACUGCUUCAGAUGAGGCCAUCAGAACAUAAGGACAUCAUUACUUACAUGGCUAAAAUGGUGGACAAAAUCACAGUACCAAUGGCUCGUGCCAGCAUUCUUUGGCUGAUUGGAGAGUACAGCGAGAGGGUGCCCAAAAUUGCCCCAGAUGUUUUGAGGAAGAUGGCCAAGAACUUUGUCAAUGAGGAAGACAUCGUUAAACUGCAGGUGUUGAACCUGUCAGUGAAACUCUGCAUCACCAAUCCCAAACAGACAAAACUGUUGUGCCAGUAUGUGCUGAACCUGGCCAAAUAUGACCAGAACUAUGACAUACGUGAUCGGUCCAGAUUCCUCCGACAGUUUGUGCUCCCGUCUGACAAGCCAUGUGCCCUGGCCAAGUAUGCAAAGAAGGUCUUCUUGGCAACCAAACCUGCUCCAAUCUUGGAGUCCAAUUUUAGUUCUCGUGACUCUUACCAGCUUGGCUCCCUGUCUCAUCUGCUGAACAUGAAAGCUACAGGCUAUCAGGAUUUGCCAGAAUGGCCAUCUGUAGCUCCUGAUCCCAGCGUGAGGAAUGUUGAGCUUCCACCUGUCUGGAAGGAGAAUCGGGAACCUAUCAAAGGCAAGAAGCAGAAACAGCCAGCCGCUGACCUCAAGUCCUUUUAUUCAUCUUCCAGUGAAGAAGAGGAAAGCAGUGAAGAAGAGAGCGAUGAAGAGUCAGAGAAAGAUGGAGCCAGCGAGGAAGAGUCUGAAGAGGAGGGGACAGAAGAUUCCUCCAAGGAAGCAAGUGAUGAGGAAUCAUCUGAAGAUGAUACCGAAGAAUCAUCAUCUUCAUCUUCUUCUUCUUCAUCAGAGGACUCUUCUGAAGAAGAAAGUGACAAGGAAAUAAAAAAGACUGUUAAAAAAUCUGUGCCUGCCAAGGAAAGCAGUGUGAAGGAAAAAGUUAAGCCCUCAAGUGGUGGAGACCUUUUGUUGGAUCUUGAUGAUUUGGGUCCUACAACUACAACAACCAGUGUGGCAGCUGCUUCAGGUGGCUUGCUGACUCCAAUGGCUGCAGGAACUGCAUUUGUUGCUCAGACUAACCAGGCACAGACUCGAUCCUCAAAUAUUCUACAAGGAAUUACAGUUCCAACAAAAACAUAUGAGUUACUCAAUCGCCUCAGUACUGGAGGUCUGACCGUCACAUACAAGUACACCAGAACCAUCUCCCUGUUUUCACCCAAAAUGGUGUCUCUUGAGCUGACUUUUACCAAUUCUGGAGAAGCACCAUUUACUGCUAUCAGGAUUGGAGAGAAGAAAAUUCACUCUGGAAUGGAGAUACAUGAUUUUCCAGAAAUAGCCUCUCUUGGUGUUGGAGCGUCCACUUCAGUGCUCAUGGGGAUAAACUUUAAUGAUACAACACAGCCUGCUAGUUUCCAGUUAGUCAGUGAACAGAAGACAUUCUCCCUCGCCAUUUCAGCACCAGUUGGAGAACUUCUGCAGCCUCACACGAUGGGAGAGGCUGAAUUUAAGUCUCAACUAGCCAAACUGAGCGGCAUGAAUGAGAACAGGGAGUCGUGUGAUAUUCCUGAAAACAAACGAACACCAGAAGGCAUCUACAGUUCUGUGUUGUCAGUCAGUAAUGUCCUGCAAGUUCCUUCUUCUGAUCCAGAUGUCUUUACUUUUGCUGCUCACACUCUAGCUUCCGGAACAGUUGUCCUGAUUUCUGUGAGACUUGCAGGCAAAGUGGCAAAGAUUACAGUUAACUGUGAGAAAAUGGUUAUUGGGACCAUGCUAAUUAAAGACCUAAAACGGGCACUUUCUUCCCCCACCAUAUAA